CUAGCCUUUAAAAUUAGAUAUCUAUUGUUGGUAGAUGUCGGAAAAUGGCGAGCUUGUCAUAGCAGCCGUGGACGCCACUUUGGGCUGCUUGAAGGUGAAGACGCAAGACUGCAGCUUUAGUCUCCUCUGGGCUGGAUAUUGUCCUCGAAAGGACGAGGGUAGAAGAAAAGUGCUUAGCGAGGGGCUUCGGGGAACAAGUUGGACAUGAACGGGGAAAUUGUAUGCAGCCAACACUGUGUCACCGUUUCAAGCUGUCCUUCAGAGCAUGACAACAAGGUGGCACAGGAGGGACGGUGUUCUCCGGAACGCUGCCAGAGGAAUGAUAUCCAAAGGCCGGAAGAUGGCCAGAUAGCAAACGGUAUUGGCUCUUGCGACUCUCCAGAUGAGGAAAAGCAGCCUUCAUCUUGCCGCUCAGAUGAAUGUACGCCCGCUUUAAAGCUUCAAUGUCGCCUCCAGCCUGCUCCCGACAGGCCUCCCGCCUUGCACAGCAGCAACCGAAGCUCAGCAAUGCCCCGCCGCCACCAGCCAAAGAAAGCCCCGGCCAAGAACACCCGAGGGAAGAACUCUCAGAAUCGGAAAGUUACGGACUACUUUUCAAUAAGACGCAGUUCACGAAAAAGUAAAACGGAGCUCAAGUGUGAACAGAAGCACCUGAUUGACCAUCUCAUUAUAAACGGGAUAGAGGAAGGAAUGCAGGUGCGGCACAUGGAGGGAAAGGGGCGAGCUGUGUUCGCCGCACGACAGUUCCGCAAAGGCCAGUACGUGGUGGAGUACCACGGAGAUCUUUUGGAGAUGGCGGACGCCAAAAAGCGGGAGGCGGAGUACGCCCAGAACCCAGAGACGGGCUGUUACAUGUACUACUUUCAGUACCUCUGCAAAACGUACUGCGUGGAUGCCACCAAAGAGACCAAUCGACUGGGGCGUCUGAUCAAUCACAGCAAGAGCGGCAAUCUGCAAACCAAACUGCACGACGUGGACGGCGCCCCGCAUCUCAUCCUGGUGGCGUCGCGGGACAUCGAUGAGGGGGAAGAGCUGCUCUACGACUACGGCGACCGUAGCAAGGCGUCCAUCGCCGCGCACCCGUGGCUCAAACACUAACCCCAGGGUGGUUAGAACCUUUUAUUUAUUGAAACUACUCCCUAAAAUUUAGAGACGCUUAAAUGAAGUUGACCUAAGAAAGGCCAUGUUAUCCGACCAAUAUCCUUCAUUUUUUGGGAGUACUGUAACGAGACACAUUCGGAUGAGAAUUUUUUUUAAGCACGAUUUUUUACAGGUGACACACCUUGGCAUGCUUCUACAGGUUGGUGCAUUUUUUAUAUAUUUUUUGGCAUCACUAUCAGCGCACUAGUUUUUAAAGGACAUUCUCCACAUGGUAUCAUUGUUUGAUUUUUUUUUUCUAUUUUACAUUUAGGAUAAUAGCAAAUGGAUUGUACAGUUUUAAUUUUGAACAAAAAAUAAAUGUUUUUUUAAACUAGUGGUAGCUGGGACCGUGGUACGUUUUACAUUCGGGCCACACUAAAAACAAAAAUAAAGUAAGUUGCACUACCAGGAAAAUGUCCUAAUCUCAUGGGAUUAAAUGUGUAUGGUUCAUUUAGAAGAAGCAAAAAGACAUUUUAAUUGCAGGGGGAUGCUUUCGUCACUUGCUAUUCAUUUUGGAGCCUUUUCAGGUUACUUCCUUGUUAACUUGUGUAUCAAUGCCAUUGACGGCGCUAGACGUACAAAUUUUGACUGGGAGAG